AUGUCAACCAUAUUCAAAAAACUAUCAGAUUCAGAUAGGAACAUCAACGCCUCAUUAUAUUUCGGCAAUAUAGAUCCCGAAAUAGAUGAACUUUUAAUGUAUGAAUUAUUCAUUCAAUUUGGAUUAGUUAAAUCUUUAAACAUGCCCAAGGAUAAAAUAUUGAAAACUCAUCAAGGUUAUGGAUUUGUUGAAUUUCAUAAUAUGAAAGAUGCAAUAUAUACAAUGGACAUACUUAAGGGAGUGCGAUUAUAUAACAAGCCACUAAAAUUGAAAAAGAUAGACAAUAAAUCCACACUACAAUCAGUUCAACAAGCACAAGCUAUGCCAUUUUCAAAUGAAUCAAAGGGUGAACUAUUAAGCUCCAAAUACAUAGACGUUGGUGCAAGAGUUUUUGUGAACAAUUUAAAUCCUUUGAUUGAUUCAAAGUUUCUACUUGAUACAUUUAAUAAAUUUGGUAAAGUUAUUCGAAUGCCCCAGAUCAAAUACGACAAGGAAGGAAAAUCUCAAGGUUUUGGAUUUGUUGAUUUUCAAGAUUUUGAAAUGAGUGAUAAAGCAAUUGAAAAGUUAAAUAAUCUGAUAUUAAUGAAUAAGAAAGUUCAAGUAAGUUAUGCUUUUAAAUCUAAUGGGAAAAGACAUGGUGAUGCGAUUGAAAGAAAACUAGCAUCAAAGAAAAGAAAAUUGUAA